GCUGGGUGGUACCGGGCCGUACUGGGCCGUACUGGGCUGCUUUGGGUGGAUCUGGGCCGUGUUGGGCCUUAUUGGGUGGUGCUGGGCUGUAUUGUGAUGUGCUGGACUAUACUGGGCAGCGCUGGGUUAUACUGGGUGGUACCAGAGCCUACUGGGCAACGAUGGGCUGUGAUGCUUUAUACUGGAAGGUCUUGGGCCUUACUGGGCAGUACUGGGAUGUGCUGCUCUAUACUGGGCUAUACUGGGACCUGUUGGCCCCUGCUGGGCUGUACUGGGCAGCAGGGGGCCAUACAGGGCUAUACUGGGAGGUACUGGGUUGAGCUGGGUUAUACUGGGCAGUACUGGAACCUCUGCUAGGCAGUACUGGGUUGUGCUACUCUAUACUGGGAGGUACUGGGACCUGCUGUGCUGUGCUGGACCCUGCUGAGCAGCACUGUUCUGUACUGGGUGGCACUGGGAGGUACUGGGCUGUGCUGAGCCUCACUGCAGUGUUCUGGUCCCCACUGGGUCUUACUGGGCGGUACUGGGUUGUGCUGGGAUGGACCUUGUUGAGUUACACUGGCAUAAUAUUGGGCUUUCUUUACUGGGCUGUGCUGAGUUCUGCUGGACCGCGUUGUGCCUUCCUGGGCUGUACUGGGCUACAACUGGGCCAUACUGGACAGUACUGGGCUCUUUGGAGUUGUGCUGGGUCCCACUGCAUUAUGCUGGGCGAUGCUGGCCCUGUGGCAGCACCCGGUCGGGAUCAAGAUGGAGCUGUGAGAGGAGGCCGGCGCAGGAUGGCGAAGCUGCUGGUGCCGCUGGUGGUGCUGGGGGCGGUGGCUCAGCGUUGCCCCCCGCGCUGCCUCUGCCCCGCGGCCGCCCCCAGCCCCACUCUGCUGUGCGCCCGCACGGGGCUGCUGGCGGUGCCUCCCAGCCUGGACCGCGGAGCCGUGGAGCUGCGCCUGGCCGACAACUUCAUCGGCUCCGUGGGCCGCGCCGACUUCGCCAACAUGAGCAGCCUGGUUCACCUGACGCUGUCGCGCAACGGGCUGCGCCGUUUGGCGCCCGGUGCUUUUGCUGACCUGCGGGCGCUGCGGGCGCUGCACCUGGACGGCAACCGGCUGCCGGCGCUCAGCGGCCCGCAGCUGCGCGGCUUGGCCAGCCUGCGGCACCUCAUCCUGGCCAACAACCAGCUGGCCGCCAUCGAGCCCGCCGCCUUCGCCGCCUUCGCCGCCACCGUGGAGGAUUUGGAUCUGUCUCACAACAACCUGCCGGCUCUGCCCUGGGAGGCGGUGGCGGCCAUGGCCAGCCUGGCCACGCUGACUCUGGACCACAACCUGCUGGAGCGCGUCCCCGCCACGGCGCUCAGCCGCCUGCCGCGCUUGGCCCGUCUAGACCUGACCGCCAACCGCCUGCGGGUGCUGCCCCCGGUACCGGGCCCUCCGGGGCCCAGCCUGGCAGCGGGAGGCAACCCGUUACACUGCAACUGUGAGCUGCUGUGGCUGCGGCGCCUGGCACGGCCCGACGGGUUGGAGAGCUGCGCCUCGCCGCCGUCGCUCGCCGGCCGCCUGCUCUGGGCUGUGCCCGAGGAAGAGCUGGCGUGCCGCGCUCCCCACAUCGCCGGAGCGGCCGCCAGUCCCAGCGCGGUGCUGGAAGGGCAACCGCUGCGUCUGGGCUGUGCGGCCAACGGAGACCCCCCGCCCGCCCUGCACUGGUUGGGUCCCGACGGGCGUUUGGUGCAGAACGGCUCACGGCGAGCCUUGGGUGCCGACGGCUCCUUGCAGCUGCGCGUGGCCACGCUGCGCGACCACGGCGCCUUCACCUGCGUGGCGUCCAACGCUGCCGGGGAGGCCGCUGCGCGUGUGGAGGUGGCGGUGCUGCCGUUGCCGGUGCCUCACCGGCACGGGGAUGGGGACGGGGAAGCUCAGGCCGGUCCCGGCCCCUCGGAUAUGGCGCGGGCUGGAGCCAACGAAUCGCUGUCGGUGGGCGCGGAGCGACGCAUCGUGGCAGCGGAUCUGACGGCGUCGUCGGCGCGCAUCCGCUGGCUGCCGCAGCGCCACGUGCCUGGGCUGCGCAUGUUCCAGAUCCAGUACAACAGCUCCAUCGACGACUCGCUCGUCUACAGGUUGCUGCCGCCGUCCAGCCGGAGCUUCGUGCUGCGGGAUUUGGCCGCUGGCCGCGAAUACGACCUGUGCGUCUCCGCGCUCUACGCCGAAGGCACCGCGGCACCGCCCGCGUCCCGGGCUCUGGGCUGCGUCCGUUUCGCCACCGCUGGGGGGACCCCGGGCUGCGCCGCCCCCCGGCCCCAUUUCCUGGGGGGCACCGUCAUCAUCGUCAUCGGUGCCGCCAUCGCCGCCUCCGUCCUCGUCUUCAUCCUCAUCCUCACCGCUCGCUACAAAGCCGCCCGCCGUCCUCCCGCCGCAGUCGCCAGCGUCUGCUCGCAGACCAACGGCACCCACAGAGCCCCGGAGCCCGAACCGCCUCCACCGCAGCCCUUAGCGGUUCCUCCGGCGCCUCCGGUUCUGAGCGCCCCCGGCGGCUCCCGUGCGUUGUUUCCCAGCCACAGCUUCCCUCGGCGCGCCCGGACUCGGCGGCACGGAUCGCUGCCGCGCCUCGAUGCGCCCGACGCGCUGCCAGCGCUGCGCCCGUCCUUCGGCAGCACCCACUGGAUGUUGGAGAGCACCGUCUGACGGGGGGGGCGGCACCCCGGGGCGCUGGAGGCGGCUCUGGAGGUGCCCCCGGGUGCGCUCUUGGGUGCCAAAAGCGGCUCCGGGUGCCGCUGAGCGCCUUUGGGUGCCCUUAGGGGCUGGAAGGCAGAGCGGGGUGCUUCUCUGCGCCUUCGAAUGCCCGUGGACCUUUGGGUGCCCAAAUGCAACCUUGGGUGCCUCCCAGCUUCAAUAGGUGCCAGUGGACGUGGGGGGUCUAAGUGUGCCCUUGGAUGCCCCUCUGCACCUUCAGGUGCUCUGCUGCACCCCUGGGUACCAGUGGACCCUUUGGGAGUCCUGGGCCCUGAUGCACCUACGGGUGCAGCUCUGGGUGCUGGAAGUGGCUCCAGGUGCUGGUGAGCUGCGGGGGCUUGAAAACGGCUGGGGGGGGGGGGGUAGGGGGGAGAGUGGGGCUCCUCUGCACCCGUGGGUGCCCCAACGCAGUAUUGGGUGCCAGAGAACACGGGGGGUCCAAAUACACACUUGGAUGCCCCUCAGCACCUUUGGGUGUUCCUCUGCACCCCUGGGUGCCAACGGAUACCGCGGGUCCCAAUGCCCCAGGGCACCCGGACACCCACGGGUGCCCUCGUGCAGCCUCAGCACCUUUGGGUGCCCCCACCAUAUGCACCCACUCGUUAACCCCCCCACCAGCCCCCCGGGGCG